UGAAUGGUUUCCCUUUUAUAAUUACUCUCUUUACUACUUUUUGAAGCAAAUAAAGAUUGCUUUUUGAUAUCCCGGCUUUCGCAAUGGCUAACGGACCCCCCAUGUCGUCUCACUCUCACGCCCCAUCCUCAGCUUCCCCCACAAAGUUGUGCUCCAAGACAUACAAGAAAGCCUCCCAACUUUACCUCACACGGCGCUUACCAGAAGCCCUCGCAAAUCUUCAACCGAUUAUUACGCCUUCAGCACCAGAGGACCAGCACACAAAUGGCGACAGCUCAACACCGGUUGCGCCGAUCGCCACAGCCGCCGGCACGUGGAGGAUCAAGGUGUGGAACCUCUACAUCACCCUCCUCAGCGCAAUAGUCGAUCUCGGCGCAGAGGAGGGAAAGAAGCAAUUUGGCCUGAAGGAGUGGAAAUCAAUUGCCUCGCAAGUUAGAGAAGGUGCAAUUUGGGAAACUGUGGUCGAGGUCGGGUACCAAGGCCACGAGGGUUCGGUGGAUGCCGAAGUGGUCUACAACCUUGCUACCCUCCUUCUAACGCACUCCUCUUCGCAAUCCUUGAACCAACAGCGCCUUGAGACUUACCUCUCCUCCUAUGGACAACCCAACCUCGACCUUACGGAUCGUCUCCAGGAUGCAUCUGAUGUUUACGAGCAACGCCCUCUGCGUACGACAAGCGGAGCCGAUACCCCGAAAGAUCUAACCGCUAGAGUAAAGAUCAUCGAGCUCUUUACUUUGCACGUCCUCCCCCGCAAUGAUGAGUGGGAAUACUCGACCGAAUUCGUCAAUUUGAGCGAAGUCCUCGACGAAGAACGCAAAGAUCUCUUCCUACAGACUCUCGAGGGCCUGAAGGAAGAGAAGGAGCGGGGUGAAAUGCGCGCAGUCGAAUUACAGCGAGCCAAAGAUGCAGAGCUUGAACAGCAACGGGAGGAUGAACGUCGCGAAGCCGAAGAAGCAGCGGCAGCCGCUGCGCGACUACAGUCCAAUGGGCAUAAGCGCAGUACCAGCGAAGUCGACUACGGGAUUGAGAAAAACCGCUCACAAGCUUCUCCCAAAGGCAAAGGAGCUAGGCCAUCGACAGACAAGUCACCAAAUGGCAAGUCACGAACUUCUCUUUCAUCGUCUGGCUCCAAAAAUGUCAAGAAGCAGGACAAGGUCGAACCACGUGGUCGCUCAAGUCAGGCCGUGGCCACUGGACUGCGCAACAUCUUCCGUCACAUUAUCCGGACUGUGUCUGGGAAUCCCAUGUCAAUAGUGCGCACCCUACUUUUCGUGAUCGGUAUUUUGAUGGCGAUGAGCCGGCAGGGUGUGCGUGAUCGCAUCCGACGGGUGACAGACGGCGCUUGGCAGAAGGUCAAAGCUACGGCCGGAAUGGGAGUCAAAGUGAGCUAUAUUUGAGAUAUAGGCCACUUCGGUCUCUGCGCACAUUGCAUGGUUAUCAUGUACAUUUUUUC